UUCUUCUUCAUAAACCUCCAUGUUUUAAUUUGUUUGAAUUCUGUGGAUUUCUUUUGUUCGUUCCAGUUAGCUAUGUUUUUGGGUAGUCGUUGUCGAUCAUUACGUAUCCACUGGAAAACAGAAAUCAGGAAACCGAUUUCCAGAAUAUUUAUUACAUAAGUUCGAAUAUGAAAGGUAAAAUCUAGUUUUUGCCAGUAGAACGUAUAUUAUGUGAUCAAAAUCGAACCCAAAAUGACUUUUUUUUUUUUUUUUUUUCCAUUUAUACUUUUUCACACGAACGUGUGUAUAUAUGAGGUUAGCUUGUUUGGCGUAUUCAUCACUACAUAACCUUUGUCAUCAAAGUAUUUAUUAAUUUCCGAUAGCUCCUUUAACUGUUUUUAAUGAAUCCAUUAACUGAAAAAACCCUCUCCAUCAGUCAUUUGAGACUAUUUAUGCACUUGCCAUACUUUGUGUUUGUUCCAUGUUUCUUGAAAUGCUACGUCUAUAUGGCCUCAACCUUUACUUUUUGGAUAGCUGAUGUUGCUCUUAGGUUAGAUAAAUAUCUGUUAGGACUACAAAAAUACAAAAUGUUAUAUGUGACGUACAUUUCUUGAAAAAAUGCUUAAAACCAUUAAAUCGUGAGUAUUGCAAAUGAAACAAUUUCUUUAUCAUGAGUUAUGUGAUAAGAAAGGAAACUAAGAAGAGUAUCUGACAUGGCAAGUUGCUCCAUAUUUCUUACUGCCUUGUAUUUUCUUUUAAAUAACUUGGUCUUAUUUUCUUCUGGAGGUAAUGACAGAGAAUUAUAGAGCAGGGCUUGUAACUUGUGCUAAAGAAGAUAGAAUCAGUAUCUUACCUGAACACUUGAUAGACUCAAUCUUAGAGCGGGUCCCGCUUGAAGAGGCUGUAAGGACAAGCAUUUUAUCCAAAAAUUGGAGGUACAGAUGGACCACAAUGAGGGCGCUUGUUUUUGAUGAAUGCUUCUCCAGAAAAUUUGCAAAAAAUGGAGCUUUUGGUCGUAAUGGGUUUAUAAGGAUCAUAAACCAAGUCUUGUUCCUUCACAAGGGUCCUAUCUUGAAAUUUCAUCUCCAUAUACCAAACAUAGUUCUUGAUAGCUUCCAAGACAUUGAUCAAUGGAUGUCAUUCUUAUCAAGAAACGGUGUCAUGGAACUCAUCCUUACUAAUUUUAAUCGACGUUAUGAACUUCCUUCUUAUUUGUUUUCUUGUUUGGAGUUGACAAAACUGAAACUGCAAAACUGCUUCUUAAAGCCACCACCCAAGUUUGAAGGAUUUCUUAAUCUUGAAGAUCUUUAUCUCAGGAAUGUUGAUUUUGGGGCUAACUUGUGUGGACCUCAAAUCAGCUUGCCACAGCUAAAGAAGUUGUCCAUGUAUUCAUGCACAAAUGUAUCAAAUUUCAACAUCAAGGCUACAAGAAUCUGGAGUUUGGCUGUCUUCACUUGUCCAGGUGUCAUGUUGCUCCAGUUAUUGCAUAGUCCAUGCAUCACUCGUUUUGCUAUACGAGAUUUUGUUCAAGGGGAAAGAAUGAAUUUGGAAAGGGUGUUACGUAACUUGCCUGUAAUUGAAGCUUUAUAUAUCGAUGGUAGUUCUCUUAAGUUUUUAUCGGCAGAAAAUAUUCCAAAGUGGCUUCCACAUCCGGUUAAUAGCUUAAAGCAUUUGAGGUUGCGAAAUUUUGAAGUUGGUGAUUUGGAUCAACUUCAUGGUGCUCUUUGUUUGCUUCGAAACUCACCGAAUCUAAAAAGUUCUGUAAUACAAUUGUAUAUGGAGCCUCAAGUUGAUGUGGGACUAGCUUCGAAUCAUUUGGAUACUCCAAACUGCUUGGACUAUACAUUGAAACAAUUGCAGACUGUGGAGAUAAUAUCUUUAGAAGGAUCAGGACCAGAACUGCUUUUUAUAAAGCUUCUUCUUGCCCAUUCCCCUUCUCUCGAAAGUCUUACCAAUAGACCAAGUAGAGAUUCUGAUGUUCAAAAAAGAUUUGACAUUGCUAAAGAUGUUAUGCAGUUCCCUCGAGCAUCAACAAAUGCAAAAAUGUUCUACUUGGAUCUAGAACCAUAAUGGUAGGUGCAUCUGGGAAGAGAGACGUGCAAUGAUCAUAGCAAACAUCUAUGUUAAAGAACAAAGGGAAGCCGAAUCUGUUUGUGCUCCAAAUUAGAUUGGUUGAAACAGAAAUACUAAAAUCUAAUGUAGUUUAUUUAUAUUACUGAAGAUCCAAGUGCUGGUCGUCUGUAGGUUUUGAUUGGAAAAUGUUGGCCUUUAUUUAGAAAGAACUCCUGAUGUGGUUCUAGGUCGAUGGUCAUGACAUGGAUUUUGUGAUUUUGAGGCAUAAUUCCUGAAAGGCCAAUGAAAUCGUUCAUUAA